AUGUAAUUAUAAGUCAAAAUAACACAAAGAACAGAUUGCUAUGUUAGUCUACCAAGGAUGUUCUAGUAAUUCACAACACAAUCGUUCUCUUAAGGGAAUCUAGGUUAGGUGAUAAAAGCGUAAUGAUAUCCUCUUUAUUAAAGUGAAUUAAUGAAGACCCAAAAGAUUGCAUAUUUUAGUUGUUAAGGAAUUUCUGAAGAUAAUAAGAUAGAAAUUGGUUUUUAAUUUGCUUAGCUUUUAAAUAUUGAUGACGGUGAUUAUGUAUAAAUAGCAACAGGUAAUUUUCUUUUUAGAAUAAAUUUAAGUCUCAAAUUGCAAUCAAUCCAGUGCCAUAACUAUAUAUGUUCAAAAAUGGUCAGAUUAUAUGAUUGUUCAGCAUUAAAAAGAUGAUUUUGAAACAGGUCUUCUUAAUAAUAUUUAAAUUGUCUAUAAUGAAUUGCUUUUUCCAAUAUUUUAUCAAGAAGGACAAUUUGUAACUUUUACUUUCAAAGCCUAAGACUAUAAGGGUCCAAUUGCCAUCAGUCCUAACUGUGAAAUUAAUAUUUUAAUUGAAGAGGAAUAAAAACCAGAACAGAAAUUGGAUUUAAUUGAAUUGAAUGUCCUACUCAAAGACAUAGAUUCUUUUGAAUCCUAUAUUGAAAUAAAUACAGAUUUAUAUCAUAAUAAUAGAUUGGACAAAUUAUAUUAGAUAACAUACUCAUCAUCCUUUCCUAAAUCAUAUAGAAAUUAUGUUAAAUAUGCCAAACACCUGAAAAAAAACAAAUAGAAAUAAAAUAUUCCUAAAACUGCAAUUGUCUAAUUCAGAUAAGAUAAUGAUAUUAAUAAUAAAUAUUGUUUCAUUUCCAAAUUUUAUGCUAAACAUCUUGGAAUAAGAGAAGGUUAAGUGAUUUUAAUUAAUACAAAAGAAUAGGAUAUUAGUAAAGAAGCAACUAUUAGAACAAUCAAAAGAAACUAACUUAUAUUUCAAAAAAUAUAUUUCAAUUUCUACACAGAAUUACCCUUAAAAAAAGAGUUUAUCAUUUCAUAGAUAUUGGAAAAAAUUGAAAAAAACUAAUAAACUGUUUUACAAAGUAAUUAAUGAUUAAAAUAUUAAGGCAGAGUUCAUUAUCUUUAAGAAUCUUAAGAACAACUCUACUUUUUGAGAAUAGUACAAUUAAUUGGCAAUCAACCAGAACACUUCCUCUAAACAUUGUCAAUUGUAAAUGAACAUAAUGAACCUAAAGUAAUCGGAGAAAGAGAAAAAGGGUUGCUAACAAAACACUUAGAAGAACAUCUUAGAGUAAUUGGAUUUACAAGUCCAAUAUAAAAAGAAAUUAAACUCACUUAAUACUAAGGUUUAAAAUCCAAAAAAGUACUUAAAUAGGAUUACAAAUUAUUUUUAUAAUUAUUUAAUGGGCCAAUCAAAUAAAUAGAAUCCAUAUUAACUUAAGAAUAAAAAUCUUAAUGUUUGAUUAGUUGUAAAGAAACUUAAGCAAUGCAAAUUUUGGUUUCCUAUUUUAAAACUAAAUAUGAAGUAAUUAAAUUAAAUAUAGACAAAUUAAAUCAGCAAGGCUAGAAUGAAAAACUAUCAAAUGGUAUAAAUUUUCAUAUAUCAUAGUUAAAAAAUUUAUCAAGCAUAUCUUCUGGUAAUCAAGACAGGUUUCUUUGAAUGAAAUUCUUAUAGUACUUAAAGGAGUUGAAUCUAUUAAAAGCAUAGAUUUAAUUGAUUUUUAAUAGUCAUACUAAAUACUUAUUUCAAAUGUAUAUUUUAUCAUUCAUCUAGGUUUUAAGUAAGAUUAUUAGAAACUCAAUUGUGGAAUAUCCAUCUGUAAAAUUAAUAGUGAUUUCACCAUCUAAAGACUAUUUAAAUGGAAAUCUAUAAAGUAUUUUUAUAAUCUAAAAUAAGAAAUAUUUUCAAAGGACACUAUCAUAGAAUUCAAUAAACCAAAAUAAGAGCUCAGAUAGAGAAUUUUUGAAUAAUGUUAUCAUUCUAAUGAGAUUAAGAAAUCGGCUGAACUUUUAGCAUCAAAAUCUGAAAACUUCAAUUAUUCUCAAUUUCACGCUUUAUAAAAUAGAGAAAAAUAUUAAGAAGAACUGAAUCAAGAAAUAUCAUAAGAAUGGAUUUUAUAAUAAAUUAAUGAUUUGCAAGAUUAAUAGGUGUAAUUGAGUAAAAAGAUACCCACUUUUAAAGAAAUAGGUGGCUUGAAAGAAUAAAAGUAAAUAAUAUUGGAUCUAUUUGAAUUGCCUAUGAAAUAUGAGCAUUUGUUUGCUAAAUCCAAAAUUAAGCUACCAAAGAGUGUUUUAAUUUAUGGAAUGCCAGGUUGUGGCAAGACCUAUUUUAGUUUGAGUAUCUGUAAUGAAUUAAAGAUUAAUGUGAUUACAGUAAAGGGACCUGAAUUACUAGAUAAAUAUAUAGGUAUAUUAAGCAUUAAUAAGUUUAGGAUCUUCUGAAUAGAAUGUUAGAGAUCUAUUCUAAAAGGCAUAAUCAUAGUCUCCUUGCAUUAUAUUUUUGGAUGAAAUUGAUUCCGUAGUGCCAGUGAGAACAUCUUCACAUUCGGGAGUGACAGAUAGGGUUGUGAAUCAAUUUUUAUGCUAUUUGGAUGGAGUGGAGGAAGGAAUGAAGGGAGUAUACAUAGUAGCUGCUUCUAGUAGACCUGAUUUAAUCGACCCAGCUAUUUUAAGACCAGGAAGAAUAGAUAAGCAUGUUAGAAUAGAUCUACCUAAUAAGGAGGAGAUUCUUUAAAUUUUGGAUAUUUACAAAGGACCAUUAGAGUUUGAUGGAAUUUCAGAAUAAGAAAUAGCAGAUUAAUUGUUUGGGUUAUCAUAGGCAGAUGUUGUGUCCUUUUUCAAAGAAGCCAGAAUAUAUUUAACUGAUAGGAUAGUUUAAUUAGAAGACUUUAGUCUUAAAAGAAAGGUGCAAAAGAUUGAAGAUUUUAAAUUAACAAAGGAUUUGUUUUAGGAUAUUAUGAAGAGUAUGAAACCAAGUUUAAGUUAAAAAUAAAUACUCUUUUAUAAAGAUGUUUAUAACAGAUUCGAGAAGGGAGGCUUAAAAGAUAUGAGUAAUCAAAAAUAAGCCUUGUAGUGA